AACAGAGACAUAUACCGUAUCCCAACGUCGAGUCGAGGAGUCGCGAGUAAGCGGUCCCGAGGGCUACCCCUUGAUCUAGCUGGGCUGCUUCCGGGGAUGUUGCGCGCGCGCACCGGGGGUUGCGCUCCGCUUUCAUCUCGCAGUUUCGCAGCCUCCCUUUCACGAUCCGUGUCAAGUCUACCGCGGCUCGAUCGGAGGUGUGUGUGCAGUUCCCUGUGCCUCGUUGUCUCCGGGUGCACUGAGACGUCCGGCCUGAUACGAUCGUGGUCCUGGACCUUGAUUCCUUACGAAUCCGUGGCCGUCUCUCGUUCCGUCCCCGGAUUCGUGCACGAUCCGAAUGCAUUGCUCUGUGUUCCGGAAAAUGGAAACCGCAAUUGAAAGGUAGAUUCUAAUCGCAUCCGGUUUCCCGGAUGCAUACGUUUCUCAUACUUGUUCCGCAAUCUCUCUAAAGGUCACUAGAUGUUACAUGAAAAAAAAAAUGGAACCGUGCAGCGCGUAUCGUUCAAUAGAUAUAAGUUCAAAGGCUCGUUACUUUCUAAGGUCACACACGGGAGCAAUGCAGCGAAUAAAUUUAAAAAGUCUUCAGAUGACGCUGUCUUGGCCUUAUGUAAUCAUCGUUAAGCAGCGAUUGAUUCUAAGUAAAAGAGUUCAUGGCGGUCAAUUUAAUUGAUGCAUCCAGACUUGUCAGAAAAAGAAGAAUAAAUUUUACGAUAAACGGCCAUGCGAAUAGUGAAAAGACAAACGAUAAGGACGAGAAAAAGAGGAUCGAGUAAAUGCAGAUGAAGAAGAUUAUUCCGUAAUUUUUUCCCCAAUGUGAUUUGUAAGCUACUAUUUUUCAACGUAUUAUUUGCCAGCUGAAGCAAAAUAAGUGGCAGAGGAUACGUUUGGCGAUGUAGGAAGGAAAGAGUUGGGACAGAUUUAUCUCUUUAUCGCCAUGUUUUUACCAUGGUAUUUGAUAUCGAUUUUUAAGGCAAAGGUGAUAGAACACGAUUUCAUACCGCAUUAAUAGUUUAAGGCUCACAGAUGAAAUGACGUACGUGGACAAUUGUAUGUAUGUAUUACGUACAAUUAAACACAUGAAAAUGUAAGGCUUCUACAUGUUUCUCAUACAUUGAUCCUAUCGGUGAGCAUUUUCUACGUAUCUUUCGCGGCGAUUAUUACCAGCGUAAACGAGAAAAGGGAAUCAAAUUAAAUGCGACAGAUUGAUUUAGAAUUGGAUUAGUCGUGACAGUAAAAUGUAAAAAAGAGGCAGAGGGAGAGAGAAAGAGACAGAGAGAGAGAGAGAGAAAAAAGAAAAAACGAUCAUGGAAAUGAAAGACCGAAAGCACGCGUAACAUAAACCACCCGGUUAACUUCGCCUUCUCAUCUUCCCGAGCGACGCGGAUUCAUUUGAGCUGUCGGUGAUCUCCUGGUGAUGCAUCUGACUGAGCGGGAUGACGGAAACGACGAUGGCAUCCAAUCGUACAACGUACGACGAAACGACGGCAGGAAAACUGAAUCUCACGUCGGUGACAUUCCUACCUUCCAACGUGGUCGCGGCCGCGUUUAACGCCGAGACGACUAAUCCGUCCGCAGCGAUGACGGGCGACCCCGCGGCCGUUACUACCAUCAAGCCGCACCUUCGCGUUCACAACGUGACGGAGUAUCUCGUCGAGCAGGACGAGCUCGAUCACAGUAUCCUUGCCAACUUUUCAGACAUACAGACCGUUUUGCUUGCAUGCAUAUCGACAUUAUUACCGCUGAUCAUCGCCUUGGGAAUCGCCUUCGGCUGCAGGCACGUGUGGCGAAAGUAUCGGAACGACGGCGGGAACGGUUUACCUUGGUACAAGAACGUCUGCAACCGCGACAAUGCAGUCGAGUCGCAAAAUCAUCAUCCGCAUUCCGGAAAUGUUCCCGUUGAGGCCGCCACGAGGGUCCUCUCCGCACAAGACUUGGUGAAUGGCCUAGACGUACCCCGAUACAUGUGCGAAACGGAGGUGAUGGAGGACGUGAAUGUUGCCCCGACGGCGGCCGUGAUGAAGUACACCACCACCACCACGACCUCCACCGCCAUCACUUCCGGCAAUCAUAUCAGCAAGAACGCGAACGGGAACAUCAUCACCCUUACGCUCAAGAACAAUCAUCUUAUCGUAGAGACGGAAGAACGUGCGGUAACGAUGGAAGAUGACAAAUCCACGUCGAGAUACAAGGACAGCGGUUCAUUUGUGGUCGAAGUACAGCCGGAUUAUGACAAGGAAGAGAUGGAGGGUAACAAAGGGUCGUCCGACAAUGUGACUACCGGUGUCACCGAUCAACAGGCUCUAGUGCACAGGGAGGAAAUACCGGAUGACAGAUCUUCAGGUUUCGAAAAUACACGACUGUUUGGGAGCACCAAUACUGGUCUGUCACAGUCAGACCUUUCAAUAUCCAGUCAAGGUUCAGCCAAUCCUAGCUACCGCUACGGCAAUCAAGUCGAAUACGAUUCCGGCCAUCUUGGUUACCCUAUGUACGGUGGUAGUUACGAGUCCGAUAUGCCAUUGAGAAAACUAGAGGGACGUUCGAAAUGGGUAGAAUUCGACAAGUCGCCGGAUAUAGAAAAGAUACUCUUAGACGAUUCCAGAAAUUUCACCAGUGAAGAGGAGGUGGAGGAAGAGGAGGGAGAGCAGCAGGAGGAAGGGCAGGAGGAGGACAACAAAAGUCUGCAAUUCUUCGAAAAAUCAAAAAAUCUAUCGUCCUUGCAAGACAUGGUUAACGCGAUGCGGGAGGAUUCGUUGGAGAUGGACAGUUUCCCGGAUCCCGUGCGAUCGAAUCCGAAUCUCCAAGUGAACGGCACGACUCCCAACAAACUCGAGAUUAUGGAGCAGAAGGCUCUGAGCAACGAUUUUGCCAGCAAAGUGGAGAACAAUAAGCCCGUGAUAACCGGGGUGCUGCUGAAGGACGACGUUCAGGAGGACGCGUUCCAGGAGCAGCAGCGUAAACUGGGUAACGGCACGCUGACGCCGGAGCACAAGGGGGAUAGGACGGCGGCGCGUAAGCCGGAAGGCAGCGUCUUCGUGCCAAGCCACAAACGGGCGGGCAGCAUCCCGCCGCGGUUGAUCGAGGAGACGCUCGAGAUGGAGCGCAAGAAGUCGCUCGACCUCUACAACAAGUACAGCCAAAUCAAAACGAGCACCAGGGGCAUGUUGCCGAGCUUGAGCCCGAAAUUCGAGCUGCUGCAGAACGAGGUGAGUCCGAUCGAGGAGAAAGAAAGUUAAUGCGCGCGCCAAUCAAGAAAGAACUCCCCCGUUCCGCUCUCCUCGUCAUCGUCAUCGUCGUCGUCGUCGUCAUCGUCAUCGGUUUUUCCCCGGUCGGGUUGUCGGAACGGCAACGUUCUUGGGAUAAAUUGCAACGAAAAAUACUAGUCAGGGAUUAUUGAAAAAAAAAAACUUGCAGCAAACACGAUUAAUGGUGUACUAAUGAUGUAAUAGGAAUUAUGUUACUUGGUGUAGCGAAUAUAUACAUACAUGUAAUGGAAUUGAUAUAAUGAUCAGUCAUGACCUGUCUAUUUCAACGGGUGGCAAUGAUUUCGCAGAUUUGAGUACUUUCGCGAGCACCUACAGAAAUUUUAUGCGAUUUUUAACGUGAAGAAUUUAACAUUUAACGUACAGGCAAUUCAAUCAAAGAAAGAUAUUAAUCAAAGGAAGAAAGAGAUGAUAAGAACACUUCAAACAUGAUCGAUGAUGAAUUAAAGAUGAUUUUCUUCCAUGAAUAUCGAGAAGUGUAAUACGUAGAUACGUUUUCUAAUUAUAAUUCUAAAAAUCGCUUAUUUUUCGUCGUAUACGUGUACUUAAAAUACUAAUAACUUGAAAUACAGAAAAAAAUCAUUUUUCAAAUCAAAUCUUCAAUACGGACCACGCUAUUUAAUUUUGGAGUAGGAAACUUUUCGCGACCGAAGCAAACAAAGCGAUAAUGGUUAGUAUUAAAUAUAACAUAUGCCGAGCUAAUCAAAGAAAGCAUUGCAAAUAACAACCUUUUUUCAUCGUAAUCUCACGUAGACGUAAUACUUCAUCAGUCGAAUUGUGAUAGUGACGUAGUCAUAUAUUUCAUCAAAUUUCAACAUUAAUAAAAUAUUAGAAAAUAACGUACGUGACACACUCGAUCUUCUUCUAAUUUCUGCUUCUUCAUUCAAGAGCACGUAGUAUUUUAAUUUUUUUUCAUAAAAUGUUCGUUAAUAUUUUUUAUUUUUUGAUGAAAUUAUUUGCGCACAAAUUAAUAUUUUCAAUUAUUCAUUAAAAUUCGUUAGAUAUUUAAAAUUAUCAAAUGAGAAAAAUGUGUUUAAAUACGUAAAUCGAUUUCUCUAAAACUCAUAUAAUUUUAAUGCCAUAUAAGAGCGCUAAUAAAUUAAAUAAAAUUAGUUUUCUAGAUAAAAUUCGCAUAUGCCUAAAGUUUCAAUUUAUAGCUGCUACGGGUUCAUUAACAUUCUCGAUUCAGGAUAAUCGCUCGGGCAUCGCCACCAUAAUGAUAUUAUGCAUUGUAAUCCUAAGUUUCCUAGAGUGUAAGACAUUACAUUUCUAAACAUCCAUAUUCAGUAAACGAGUCGGUGUAUGCAUAUACACAUCGAAUGUAUAUAUACAUAUACAUAUAAUGAGAUUCACACGUAAUAUAAAAGCACACACGGCGUCACGUAUCGACACGUGUACACUUAAGCGCGCACACGGUGUUGAAAAUUUUUUAUUAGCUUCAUAGCCGUUUCAGGAUGUCGAAUCUCGACGCUUAAAACCUAACGGUCACGUGGAUUCUAGUGCCAAAAUAGUUUAAGACGUCUCGAAUCGAAUCAACCUAUCGUGUCGACGAAUGUGUUUAUCCGUUGUAUAACUACGUUGAAAGAGAGAAAGAAAGAGAGAGGGACAUUAUACGUUAUUGACAUUUCAAAUUUUAUAUGAUUACGUUGAAUAUUGUAAACGUUAUUGAAUGUUGGCUUUGCGAUGGUUGGUUUUGCCGUGAGCUUUCACGAUGUGAAGUAGAAUGUCCUCACCUGUAUAUACCCAGAGAAUAUUCAUCUCAUAUCUUGCCAAUUUUCCACGAGUAUUCCCACUACCGCCGCUAUAUCUACAAACUUUACUCCAUAAGGAAAUCAAAACAAUCAAAACAAUUUACUUCGAUAUACGAAUCAUACGCUGAACGCUCGUCAAGCGAGCAGGGUAAAAUCUCGCAAUGAUGGGUAUAAAUAGGUCAAGACGCUAACAAUUUUUCCUGUUCAUUAUUAAAUGUUUAAUCGUCUGUCUGAUAUGACAGAUCUUUGUCAUUCGGAAUCACGUUCGAAGCGCUUUGUCGAUGCAACGACAAAGAAUUGAAUUGAAAUUAUCGUAUAGUAUCAGUGAGCGUUUUGACAACUCUUCCAGCCUACAGUUUACAGCGAAGAACAUAUUUAAAUAAGACUUGAGUAUAGGAUUGUUACUUUUGACAAUAUCAAAUUAUUCGACGCUUCGAAAGAAUUUAAAGUUUCAAAGUUUCAAAGUUUCAAACCCUCAAUUCUUUGAAUCUUCGAAAUUCGAAAAAUUCACUUAAACAAAAUUCUUGGUAAACUCUUUGAAAGCACACACACACACAUUUAAUAAUAAUAUUGUUUAAAAUAUUUGCUAUAAACAAAUGUAAUACUAACAAAACGCUUGAUAAAAAUUAUAAACAUUUCAUUAUAAUUACAUUAUUUCGUUAUAAUUACUUUACGUUUAGUUGAAAUUAUUUUACUAAGGUUUUGGGUAAAUUUGACCAAGACUAGAUUAUUGUAACCAAGUCUUUUUUUGAAAGUUAAAAAUUUCAAAGUUAAAAAAAUAUCGAAGUUGUGAAAAAGUAACAUUCCUACUUAGGUUUUUAACGUGCGAUUUUUAUUUUACUUCCUACAAAACAUGGUUCUGCAUUCGAUACUGCUUGUUGAUACUUCUUAUUCGCGGUUAGAAAUGAGACUUAGAGUUAAGUCUUCGAACGUGAUUGUUAGUGCACGUUGGAGAGGAAGCUUUCAUUUCUUCUAAAUAUACAAAAGUCUCUGUUGCGAUAUAAGAUAAUUGCCGCUAGAGCACGAGGACUAUUGAUGAUUUAGAGGAUUAUUGUAGAUUUAGACUCGAAGUGUAUUACACAUACCACGAAAAUAGAAGUCGUCCAAUAUACAUAAUGCAAUAUCGAGGAGGAGACAAGACAAGAAAUGUUAUGGUAUUAAUCGAUUUAAUUAUACAUAUAUUUUAUCUCUCCACAAAAUUAUUAUCUUAUUACCGUUAAACUAGCGUUAAAGAUUUGCCAUGUUUUUUAAAAAUGUGGAACAUGAGCUUUCAUACGAUCGGAAUGGUACGAUCAUACGAUUGUUUAUUUAUACAAAUUUUAAAGAAAACACAUAUACUUAAUACUGUAUAUAGUUUUAACUUUAAAAGUUAAAAAGUAUAUUAUAUAUUCUGUAUAUAUUUUUGUUCUACAUUUAUAUAUUAUAUGUUAUAAAAAAAUAUACAAGAAAAUUAUUCUUUUUUUCAUUAAUAACUAAAUAUGUGAUCGUGUUACUAACUCUCUAAAAAAUAACUCUUAAAUAUAUCUUGUCUUAAAUAAUCUAAUUUUUCGUUAGAUUUUUAUACAGGAUGAUUUAUGCAAUUAUGAUGGGUUGCAGUUUUUGUUAAUUGCAAAUCAAUUGGUGCAAAAAAUUUAAAAAUGUAAUUGCAUAUUAUAUAUAUAUUUUUUAAAAUAAUGUAUUUUUUAUUCAAUUUAUUUCAUUAUUAUGUGCAUAAAGAUAUUAAAAUAAAAUAUUUAAAAAAAACAAAUAUUUUACGAGAUAUUUUAUAUCAAAAUACAUUGAAAAAUAAAAUAUAAAUAUUUCGUAAACCAUUAGUUUUCAAUAACUUUAUCUUGAUAUAAAUAUAUUUUUUAAAUAUUUUCUUAAAUUUUUUAUUCGCUAAAUGUUUAUAAAAAUCUAUUUACAUAAAAAACAACGGAUACGUAAACCUGUGAUUUUAUAUCAUUGUCUUCCAUCUUAACUUAUUUAUAAUUUAAUUUUUAGUAUUGAAUUUUGAUUUAUGACUCAUUGAUCAAUGACAUGACUGUUACACAAUUAUAACUUUCAAUUGUAGUUUUGAAAGGGUUCAAAGUUAAGGCCGAAACGUUGUAAUUUUAUAAGUUGAAUAAAUAAUUGCCAGUUGUGUCGAUUCUAAUUAAUUACUUUAUUAUAUUUAUAUUUAAAGAACAUGUAAUUUCUUUUAAAAUAGUAUUAUUGCACUUUUCUAUUUUUGUACUGGUAAAAGACAUAGAAAUAUUAAUUUUAUUGUACCUUUCAAUUCUUUCUUCGCUAGUUUUUUUUUAUCUUUAAUAAAAUAAGAACUACAAUUCAUUUCAAUUGUAUGACUCAUCCUGUAUAUUAGAGAUCUAAUAUAAGUGAUCUAAUAGAAGUACUAUUAGUGAUUAACAAUUAAUGAAAAUAUAUUAUAUUGUUAUAUUGAUUUUACGCGAAGUAUACGCACACACAAUUUUUUCUGCAGGGCAGAAUAUAAUAUCUGAUUUGUUCAUGUGAAAGUACUGGACGACACUCGAUUGUAGAAAUCUACAAGCUAUUCGAGAUUAAAGCGUUAGAGGUGCUAAAGUAAUAACAUGAAUGACUAUGUUCUUUCUUAUGUAAUUAAUAAAUGCAAAUUGGACCCGCUAAGACAUGCGUCCGUCCUUCUAUGUACUCGCGAAUGAUAAAAAGAAUUAAUUCUUUCAUGCGCAAAUUAAUAGGACCAAUAGUUUAUAAAAAGUUUAUUUAAGUCUCUUCUAUGGAGCCUUAGUUUUAAACUAAAAAAUUUUGGACUAAAAAUUAAAUCUGACUUUUUUCACAAUAAAAGUCCUUAUGAAAAUACUGGACAGUAUUAAAUUGGUCAAUAAUUAAUAUUUUAAGUAUUUAAAAGCAUUGUUGUCAGUACUUUUUUAAUACUUAAAAUAUGUAAUAAUUACUGACGAAUUUAAUGCCGUUCAGUAUUACGUUUUUAUAAGGGAGACUUAUAAGUUUUAGAGAAUUUAUUUUCACAUAAAGGAAAUUUUAAUAUAUAUUAUUUAAAAUUUAAGCCAUAUUAUUAUUAAAUAUUAUUUCGAGACAUUAUAUAUUUUACUUUAUAAUAAAUACUUUAUAUAAAUGGUUUACGAAAAUCGAUGUUGCGCAUGAGAGGGUUACUGCGAAGAUUUUAGCAUAAUGCACAUAAGAGAGAAAUUGAUAAAGAUAUUGAAGAGGGAGCGUUAAGUAAGUUCAACGUCUGAGGCUGUUUUAAUACUUUAUAAAAUGCAAGCUGUGUUAGAAACUGCAAUUUUCUAUUAAAUACCUCUUCCUUUCAAUAUAACUGAUAAAUUGAAAGUAAUACUAAUGAUUGCGCUCAUUACGUGUAAUGCGAAGACAACACACAUGCGGAAGGUUUUUCUUACAGACAUUUGUUUCUAACAGUCGCUAAGCUAUCUCAUUGUACAUGUCAACUUAUUUUGCAAAAAUAAACUAUUGGGCACAAAGAAAGCGUCUGUUGUUACUACAGUUACGGAAUUUUUCUGUUUGUAUGGCAUACGGCUAUUAAUUAACAUUACUAGCGCUUAAAUUCAAUAAUUUAUAUUCAAUUCUCUUAAUUUUACACAAGCAUGUAUCAGACAUAUUAUAUUUUAAUGUAUAUGAGGAGUUUGAUCUAAUGACAUGCCAAGUCAUCAAAUUUCACAUGGAAACAAACAAACGAACUUUUCUCAUUAGUAAAACUCAAUAUUCUUCACUACAGCUUUUUAAAAAUAAAAUAUGUCUUUAUUUUAAAAAAUGCAAGAUUUCCAUUGGGACCACAAUCAGACAUGUAGAUAAACAUAAAUCAAAAGGAAGCUACACUUUUCUCGCACAUGUGGCAUGUUAUUAUGCCAAACUUUUUAUUUCAAAAUUUCUACAAAAUGGAACUGUAUAUUUAUUGUAUUUACAUUAUACAAUGUAUAUUCUGUUUCUAUCCGAUUGUCAUAUCAAACUAUUGAAAGACAAAUGUGAACAUUCCUACUUAUUUCACAAACCGAUACAAAAAAAUAAACAUUUUGUUUCUUCUAA